AUGAUCUAUGCCGACCCGGACAUUGACGUCACCAAGGACAGCCAGACUGUUAGCCCUCCGCACAGUCACUAUGAGGGUGUGCAGGUCUUCGCAGAACGUAUUCCUCACAAAAAUCUGCUCAUUGGAGGAGGCGUAAGCGCUGACGACGGUGAAAGAUUUGGUUCCAUGUUGAAGCAGCCGCAGAGUCAUGAGGGGGGGGGGAGGUCGUUGAAACCAUGCGGCGGACAGCGGGGUCGUUUCGCGACGUCCUUUCGGAUGACGAGGAUAAUGCCAGCACCCACCUCCAGCUGACCCCGUCAGGAGAGUCUGAUUUCACUGAGAGAUACGAUGUCCAUAGUAAAGUUCGCUGGCUCCCGAACGACGAGCACCUCCGCCUGUCUGAUCGGUUGAUCAGCAAAUUUUCUAAAUGUGGACGAGCGUUCCACGUUGUCAAAGUCGGCAGAACCACUCUAAAAAGCUGUGGAGUGGGAUGGGAGGUUUGAUUUCGACAGCAUCUUUUGUGUCCGCAAGUCGGGGCCAGCCUGUGAACACGAUAUCCUAGCAUUUUUUAGGGCACCUCAAGCCCCUUCCUCACGAGGGGGUAGACAGUGCUGUCCCAAAAUAGGGUAGUUUAGAUAUCUCAGGCGGCUGUUGUAUUCCACUUUAGGUCACGACUUUUGUAUACUGGGAAGACGACCCGAAGUCGUCGGGAUAACCUACAGAAUUGCAUGUUCUUCUCUCGUUUGACUUUUUAAGUGGUGGGGUGAGGGAAUGGACCAGGAACAGGACUGUUGGCUGCGUGGACGCACACCAGAAACGCCUAUCUGACUUAGCCCGCUGGUGGAGGCGGUUACUGGGUUGUGGCCGCCAGGCAGAGCUUGGUUUCGGGGAGCCAUAGGUGAGAGUCGGGUGCCAGCCACCAUCUGCACGAGACAUAUGAACCGGCCCGUCACCCCCAAGGCGAUGCAACUCCUAACUGGGCAUCCUUGCAUCCCAGAGUUGGUGCAGGAGCCAGCACAUAGGCAGCGCACAUGUAGUCGCAUUCGCGCAAUGCAGCAAGAGGCACUGCCCGAUCGUUCGAUCGUCGUUGCCGACGAUGACCACCGUGUCCUCCAUAACAAGGUGAAGCAGGCACGGUGACUUGCUCGUGAUUUAGUUUAUAGUGAAUGUGGACUUUCGCUGCAUUUACCUCACUCUCCUCCUCACCCACCGGACCCGGUAUCAAGACACAGUCAAGAAGACCGGAGGCGAGGGAGGGCGCAGGUGGAUGGCAUGGUCGAACCCGCGCUUUGGCGUCCUACUCCAUACCCCCUGGUCCACACAUCAAGUGGCCAGGAUUUUAACCAACAACAACAGAAGGAGCUGGCGCGGCCGAGGUCGCACCUAGGCGUGCCGUCACACCUGGCUCGGAUCCUACGGAGUGGGAGUGCCAUAAAGGCCACAUUAAGGAGGAAACAUUGCAGCCUGACUCCUGGACCACCAGUCGGCCACUCCAAACAAACACACAACGCUGGGCCAAUCGCGAGGUCCAGGUUAUCCCGCCAGUUGGCAACCUUCCAAGCCCCGGCUUUCAGCGCACAGUGAUAGCUUCAAGCGCGCCAGAUUGUUUAUGGUGGGGAGAAUGCGUGGAGUCGUCGACCUCACUCUCCCUUCGCAUUUCCAUGCUCCAGCACCUUUCGAGCCGGUCAGUGGGCAGGUGCGGGGGGUGGGCGCCGUGGCUGAUACAUCUAAUGACCUUGUCUGCGCACGCCACAUGCACGACCUGACCCCUCAAACACAAGCACCAGGAUUUCACACAACGGGGGGUUUGGAGGCGUACAUCUCAUAUGGGUGAGAAUGCCGUAGGUCGCCUUAGGGAGGAGCCGUUCCAGCCUGUUUCUCAGUCCACCAGUCUGCCACUUCACUUCACACAAACAUACACACACACACACGCACACAAUGGCGCAGACUGCGUGGACUGAGUUGGGUCGUCGGUCAGUAGCCUUCCAAGCCACAGUGCUUGAUGCGCCGUGGUAGUAUCGGAUUCGAAUUACACAUGCAGCAGAGGAGUUGCAUGGAGACGGAGCCGAGAUGCACACUUCCCACUUGCGUGGGAAGUGUCAGUUGGAUGCUUUGAUAAGUGAUGAUGUUGUGUGAUGUGGGUGGGUGAAGGCAUAAUGGUUUGGCGUGGCCGGCGUGUGCAGUGGUGGUGGGUGCAGGAGCCGCCGUGCCGGAUGUUGAGACAGUAGAGGGCGAUGAGGAGGGCGGUCAAUGUUAGUUGUCGGCGUGGAGGAUGAGGCAGAACUAGACAACAAGACAGCAGAAGGUGCAGUCCGGGUGCUGCAGUUGGUACGACGAUGUCCUAUAAGACUGAUUGGUGCGUCAACAGCGUGGGCAGGUCGGGGGAGGUCGAGAGUUGGAGUUGAGAGGUGGGCGCAUUUGAGAUUUGCGUGCUUCGCGUUUGGCUUUGGUGGCGGUGACGCGGUUGGCUUCGUAGAUCGCUGCGCCUAUCUUCACUUUCCUCCAGGCCGGUUGAACUCAAGCGAGGUCUUCGAGUCGGUCAGGUUGAUAUGCAGACGCUUCAGGGAAGUCUUCAGAGUGAACCUGAAACGACGGACUUGAUAUCCUUGUCAGCGGGAACCCGUUGCCACAUCUCCAUAGAAGAGUCGUCUGGGUAGCCGCUUGUUGUCCAUCCGCACUAGGUGGCCGCUCCAGCGCAGCCGAAUUCCCGCCUGAUUUUCCACAGUCCUUCACGAUUCGCCGUGUUGAAUGCUUUCGUUAGAUCCUCGAACGUAGAGUACAUGCGGACCCGGAUUUCCUAACACUUCUCCUGCACUUGCUGGGUGAUGAAGAUCAUGUCGGUGGUCCCACGAUGACGGCGGAAGUCGCUCUUGCUUUCCGGCAGGAGACCUUGUACCAGAUGGUUGUUCAGGCCGUUGAGAAGGAUGCGAUCAAAGAUCUUCCCGGAGAUGUUCAGCAGGCAGAUGCCUCAGUGGUUGUCGCAGAGCUGGUGAUUACCCUUCCGCUUAUAGAGAUUGACGAUUGUUGCGUCAUAAAAUCCUGUGGGACUUAUCCUUGA